GCAGCUACUACGACAACUGCAGCACCUACGACAACUGGAGCACCUACUACGACAACAACUGGAGCACCUACUACGACAACUGCAGCAACUACUACGCCUACUACGACAACUGUAGCUCCCACAACAACUACUUCUGCAGUUCCUACGACAACUGCAGCUACUACGACAACUGCAGCACCUACGACAACUGCAGCACCUACGACAACUGGAGCACCUACUACGACCACUGCAGCGCCUACUACGACAACUGUAGCUCCCACAACAACUACUUCUGCAGUUCCUACGACAACUGCAGCUACUACGACAACUGCAGCACCUACAACAACUGGAGCACCUACUACGACAACUGCAGCACCUACUACGACCACUGCAGCGCCUACUACGACAACUGUACCUACUACGACAACUGCAGCACCUACUACGACCACUGCAGCGCCUAGUACGACAACUGUAGCUCCUAAAACAGCUACAACUGCAGCAACUACUACAACUGAAGCUACGACAACAACAACACCUCCCACUACAGCUACAACUGACGCUCCGACAACAACCACACCUACUACGACAGCUACAACUGAAGCUCCUACGACCACUACAACGACAACUGCAGCCUCUGCGACAACUGGAGCACCUACUACGACAACUGCAGCACCUACUACGACCACUGCAGCGCCUACUACGACAACUGUAGCUCCCACAACAACUACUUCUGCAGCGCCUACGACAACUGCAGCUACUACGACAACUGCAGCAACUACGACAACUGGAGCACCUACUACGACAACUGCAGCACCUACUACGACCACUGCAGCGCCUACUACGACAACUGUAGCUCCCACAACAACUACUUCUACAGUUCCUACGACAACUGCAGCUACUACGACAACUGCAGCACCUACGACAACUGCAGCACCUACUACGACCACUGCAGCGCCUCCUACGACAACACCUACUACGACCACUGCAGCGCCUACUACGACAACUGUAGCUCCCACAACAACUACUUCUGCAGUUCCUACGACAACUGCAGCUACUACGACAACUGCAGCACCUACGACAACUGCAGCACCUACGACAACUGGAGCACCUACUACGACCACUGCAGCGCCUACUACGACAACUGUAGCUCCCACAACAACUACUUCUGCAGUUCCUACGACAACUGCAGCUACUACGACAACUGCAGCACCUACAACAACUGGAGCACCUACUACGACAACUGCAGCACCUACUACGACCACUGCAGCGCCUACUACGACAACUGUAGCUCCCACAACAACUACUUCUGCAGUUCCUACGACAACUGCAGCACCUGCUACGACCACUGCAGCGCCUACUACGACAACUGUAGCUCCCACAACAACUACUUCUGCAGUUCCUACGACAACUGCAGCUACU